AUGGCGCCGUCGCAGCUCAAGCAAUUGAAAGCGUCGCUGCGAGAGAACGGCGUCCUCGGCCCUCAAAAAUCCAAGAAACAACGAAAAUCGGCCGGCAAAGAUGCGCAGAAACGGGCGCAGCGCAAUGCCGCCCUCGACGACAUUCGAGAGCGAUUCAAUCCUUUCGAGGUCAAGGCGCCUGCGCGGAAAGCGAAGUACGACUUCGUUAAUGGCAAGAAUGUGAAACCGGCCGUUGGCCGACCGGGCGUUACCCGAGGACUGGGAGAGGAACGACGGAGAGAGACACUGUUGAAAGAGAUGCAGAGGCGGAAUAAGGUCGGCGGGAUGCUUGACCGACGGUUCGGAGAAGACGAUCCGACCAUGACGCCGGAGCAAAGGGCAGCUGAGCGGUUUGCGCGGCAGAACGAGCGCAAGAUGAAGAAGACUUCCAUGUUCAAUCUCGAGGACGACAGCGAGGAGGAGAUGACACUCACACAUGGUGGAAGAUCGCUCGAUUUCGGCAGUGGCGUGAAGGAUGAUUUCGACGAGGAUGACGUGGACGAUGAAGAGGAUGCAGACACAGACGGCGAGUUCGAUCCGCAGGACGACCGGCCGCGUAAACGGGCACGGGUCGAGGGUGAAGAUGAACCUGACGAAGAAGCGGACGAAGAGGCACCACAGCGGAAGAAGACAAAAGAUGAAGUCAUGAAGGAGAUCAUCGCCAAAUCCAAAAUGUACAAAGCCGAGAGACAGGCUGCGAAAGAGGACGAUGACGAUCUCCGUGCUGAACUCGACAAGGGCAUGUCUGACUUUUAUGCAGCCUUGCAAGGCCAGAAGGUACCGGAACAGCGACCUGCGCCCGUGUCACCAGCUGCAGUGGCCGAGCCGCACAUGGAUCCCUCACGGGCCGCUAUGUUGGCGGGCAAAACCAGGGAGGACGCGGAGAAGGACUACGAAGCAAACCUGCGGCAGCUAAAGCUGGAGGCUCGAUCCAAACCCAGCGUACGGACCAAAACCGAAGAAGAAAAGGCCGCCGAAGAGGCCGCACGCCUCGAAGAGCUGGAACGAAAGAGAGUCCGGCGAAUGAAGGGCGAGGCGGAGAGUUCGGAAGACGAGGAGGAGAGCGACCAAGCCGUCGAGCCCGGACCGGAUGAGGACAUUGAUAUCGACGAUGCGGAAGCCUUUGGAUUAGCCGCUCCAGAAGCCACAUCUGCUCCAAGAAGAGAACUUGAUGUGGAAGACGAAGAUGAGUUUGUCCUUGACGACGACUUGAUUGCUUCUGGAUCGGACGCUGAUCUGGCAAGCGAGCAAGCCGACGAAGAGUCUGACUCUGAAUCCGAGGAUGAGCCCGAGGACGACGGUGACGACGACUUCAUCAACGGCCUGGCCUUGCCGCAAGAAACAGAAGCAGAAAGACGUACAGCUUCGAAGACGACAAAGUCGGCUCCGACAAGCCCCAACCUCGCCUACACUUUUCCUUGCCCUCAGACUCACGAGCAAUUCCUCGAACUUACCAAGGAAACCAAGACGACGGACCUGCCAACGAUUGUUCAGAGGAUCCGCGCCCUCUACCACAAAGGCCUUGCCGCAGGAAAUCAGGACAAGCUCGAUACAUUCGCGGUCGUGUUGACGCAGCAUGUCGCCCACUUGGCCGACAACGACGGGACAGUCCCCUUUUCGGUUCUAGAAAGCUUGAUCCGGCAUCUACAUUCAAUGGCCAAAUCCUCACCCGAACCAGUGAGUGCUGCCUUCCGGGAGCAUCUCCAGGUGAUAUCUGCCGAACGACCGCUUCGACUCUCCGCAGGCGACCUCGUCGUGUUGACUGGGGUGUCGACGAUCUUCCCAACGUCAGAUCACUUCCACUCGGUGGUGACGCCGGCGAUGCUGACCCUGGCGCGAUACCUUGGCCAAAGCGCCGUCCAGUCGCGGCAAGAUCUCGGCGUUGGUGCCUACUGCUGUACGCUCGCCCUGCGAUAUCAGCGGCUGGCAAAGCGGUACGUGCCCGAAGUGGUCACAUACAUAACCAACGCGCUCGGCAUCCUCUCACCCACACCACUGCCUCAGCAAGACAAGGACGGCAAACCACUUAACGUCCCCAUCAGGCUGCCUUUGGGAUCUGCGUCUCUGCGCAUCCAAACCACAUCAGCAGCGGGAGGUGUUGUCGCCACACCGGAGAAACUCUCUUUCAAAGCUCUCAUCAUGAGUCAUGGUAACGACGACGAAGACGACGACGCCCAGUCCCUGAUUCUUCUCAACACAUUCAUCAGGCUGGCAACACAGGCCGCACAGCUAUGGUCCCAGAAGUCUGCCCUCCCAGAACUCAUGCAUCCGCUCAUCCACGCAUUGACGCACCUUUCGUCACGCAGCAACGGCAGCUCGCUUCCCUCACAGACCCUCUCUCUCGCCUCAGCCGCGCUCUCCACCCUCUCCGGCAUGCGUGACGCAUUCAUCCAGACCCGCCGGCCUCUCCUCCUGCAUGCCCACCGGCCUCUCGCCAUCAAGACCUCGAUCCCGCAGUACAUUGAGAAUUACAACCCAGACAGGCACUACGAUCCGGAUCGCCAGCGCGCGACGCUCGCGAAACUGAAGGCCGAGCACAAGAAGGAACGGAAGGGCGCGAUGCGCGAACUCAGGAAGGACGCGAGUUUCAUGGCGCGCGAGCAGUUGAGGGAGAAGAAGGAACGGGAUACCGCCUACGAGAGGAAGUAUAAGCGGUUGGUGGCGGAGAUUCAGGGCGAAGAGGGGCGAGAACAAAGGGGGUAUGAGAGGGAAAGGGAGAGGGCGAGGAGAAAGAGCAAAACCAAGGGCUAG